AUGUUAAGACAAGUAGCCAGAUCCGUUAGACCCGCCGUCAGAGGAUUCGCUUCCGCCGCUCCAUCAGCGGGGGAGAACGAGUUCAUAGCUAAGCGACAAGCUGUUAGAGCUCAUGCUGCUGAAACCACCGACUUAUGGAGAAAGAUCUCUUUCUACGUUUGUAUCCCCGGUGCUUUAGUCGGUGCCGCUUGGACAUACAAGCUUGAAGCUGCUCACCACGAACACAUCGAGCACCUCAAACACGAGAACGGUGGUGAACUUCCCGAAAGACCCGUUUACUCUUACAUGAACUUCCGAGUCAAACCUUUCCCAUGGGGUAUGCAAACUCUUUUCUUCAACCCCGAAGUUAACAUCCCCGCUGGUGAUGCCGAAUAA